GUGCGGCUCACUGCUUGGAUUUGGUACUGGAAGAUAUUUUCAAAUUGCCACAUAUGAAGAAGACAUUUGACAGGGCUAUUCAGGUACACGGUUAUAUUUAUAACCGUCCAGGUGUGUUGAAUAUGAUGAGGAUGUUUACACAGUUAAAGAAUUUGGUCAAGCCUGCAAAGACAAGAUUUGCAAUAGCCUUUCUCACUCUAUCUAGGAUUCAUCAACAAAAAAACAACUUGAGAAAGAUGUUUACUUCGGAGGAAUGGACAAGCUCCAAAUGGGCAAAGAAGCCAAAGGGUAAACAAGCAACACAGAUUAUGUUGAUGCCAUCAUUUUGGAAUUUGGCUGUCUAUGCUCUUAAGGUCUCAGGUCCACUUGUGCAUGUGCUUAGGUUGGUUGAUUCUGAGAAAAAACCUGCCAUGGGAUACAUUUAUGAAGCUAUGGAUAGGGCUAAAGAAAGUAUUGCAAAGUCAUUUAAUGAAAAAGAAGAAAAAUACAAGAACAUCUUUGAAAUCAUUGACAAUAGGUGGAAUAUCCAAUUGCAUCAACCUCUUCAUGCAGCUCGCCAUUUUUUGAAUCCGGAGUUCUUCUAUUCUAAUCCAAGUAUUGAGCAUGAUCCUGAAAUCAUGAUAGGGUUGUAUAAGUGUGUGUCAAGGUUGGUUCGAGGCACUGACAUUCAAGAUAAAAUCACUCAAGAAAUGAGUAUUUAUACAAAAUCUGAAGGUCUCUUUGCGAUGCCACUAGCAAUUAGGCAGAGAAUGACAAGGGCACCAGCCCCAAAUUUGCAAAAGUUUGCCAUAAAAGUUCUUAGCUUAACCUGUAGUGCAUCUGGUUGUGAAAGAAAUUGGAGUGUAUUUGAGCAUCUCCACAACAAAAAAAGAAAUAGGUUGGAACAACAACGUCUCAAUGAUUUGGUAUUUAUUAAGUACAAUAGACAAUUGAGACGUCGAUAUGAUAUGCGUGACACGCUUGAUCCCAUCACUUUAACAAAUAUUGAUGAAAGCAAUGAGUGGUUGGUUGGAAGGAUGGAUGGAGAAGAGGAUGAAGACAACGAGAAUGUGUUUGAUGAUGAAAGUUUGACGUGGGGUGAUGUUGCUAGAGCUUCUGGUGUUCGGGAAAGAAAUAAACGAACUAGAUCAACAACUUCAAAGACACCAUCAUCGUCGAGGGCAAGGCUAAGGAGUUCUAGAUCAUCAAAUGCAUGUCAAUUGAUAGAUGAGGAAGAGGCAGAUUCAGAGGAGACAGAAGAGGAAGAUGUAGAAGGAUACAAAUCCAAUGAUGAAGAAGAAGAUUAUGAAUUGCGUGUUGUUGAUAUUGAGGAUGAUGAUGAUUGUUAGAUCCUCAUUGGAUAAAUGGAAGCAAAGACUUUAUGUUUUGUUGGUUUAAUUUGUUGAUGUUUUGAAAUGCAUGCUUAAACUUGAAAUAUUGUUAUUAGUUGACUUUUAGAUCA